CUCAUAAGCAGUAGCUAGUGGCUUAAGUGCCUGGAAAACAUACGAUGAAGAAAUAAAGACAGUGUAAAGCAGUUCGUGCAAUGAUUAACGAGGUCUGGUGUUUGACUCGGAAGGAUGGGCAGGCACACGUGACUAACGACGUCAUACAAGAGUUUGUCGUCAUUAGGAGCCGAUGUUGGAUAUAAAGGCAUACGCUCAUCCAACACCAACCACACACCACACCUGCACACUUCACUUAUACCGCUUCCUUCACAAUGUACAGAGCAUCCAAUUUGCGUUCCAGCGUUGUUCACGUUCGUGUCCCGACCGCCGUCCUUCCUGUCACGCGUAGGACGUACGCAACACAGCCUUCGCCGGGACAAGCGUCGCCCAAUCCAAAGGUCAGCCCUUCCACUGAUGGCGGUGGCGGACACAACAACGGCCUCAUUAUCGCAUCUGCUGUUGCGGCCAUCGGGGGAAUGUACUACUUCUACAAUCGCAGCCGGGGCGUCAGCCUUCAAGAGCAAAAACGCAGAGAUGAAGAGGACAUCAAGCGUGCAGUGCGUGCAGCACAGGGCGAUAUAAAGCAAGCUGGGGAGGCAGGGAAGGCAAGGGCUGAAGAUGGCCUUAAAGAAGCUCAGGAGAGCUAUAGUGCUGCGAAGGCCUCAGCUAAAGAGAAAGUCACUGGAUCCCGCCAAAAAGUAGAUGAGUCUCGCUACGACCUGACCGAACAGGCACGACAGGCAGCACAUGAUGCACAGACAAAACUGAAUCAGUACAAGAAUGCAGCUGAGCAAUCUCUAGCGGACACUAGGAGGACAUCCGAACAGAAGUUUGAGGAGACGAAGGACGCUGUCAUACAACGCGCGGAUGAAGCCAAGGACGCAGGCCAAAGCUGGUUUGGUUGGGGGCAGUCAAAGACAGACGAGGCGAAACGUGAAGGCACUCAGAAAGUUGCAGAGAGUGCAGAAGAUGUUAAGAAGAGAGCAGAGAGACAGGGAUGAGAUUUGCGAUGUUGAAUGAAUAUUCGACAACUUACAAGCUGUACACCUGAAUUAGUAUUGUAAAUACAUUACCCUAUAUUGCAUAUUAUUCUCUCCGCGCUUCAACGACCUUCAAUUGCAGUGAGAGAUGCUGAGAUCUUACGAUUAGGUCGU